GUUUGGGUGACGAAAAACUAGAAUUUCGAUAGACGGUUAACAGCGCAGUAUUCACCACGGUGCGCUUAACAGCACGCACCGCCGGCAGUGGUGAGUUUGUUGCGGGGAGUGUGGUGGAUACCGCCAUUGCUGGAGAUUGCCGCAAAGAGAAAAGGAAAACAACAAAAAGACCGGUGAUUUUAUACGCCUUUAAUUACCUGAUAAACUCCCCGAUGGCCGAUAAGCACCGACUGAGGAACCCAUAAGAUCCAGAUAAGCAGUGGGCCCCAGAAUCAAUUGUAACCGCCACGCAUAAGCACCAUCCGGAAGUCACUUGCACGUCGAAAACCCCCAAACAUUCCAUCAUAAUGCCCGAAUACGUACCGGCCCGCGGCUUCAAGGAGAUGGAGAAUCUCCUCAGGCUCUACGAGAACCAGCGCAACAUCUACAUCUAUUUCUACGGCGAGAAGGACAAACAGGGACGCAGCUGGUGCCCCGACUGCGUAGCGGCCGAGGAUACGAUAAUGAGUGCCUUUCGCUCGCACGCACCGGCGGACUGUCUGAUCCUGGUGGUGGACGUGGGCAACCGGGAGUUCUGGAUGGGCAAGGACAAUGCGUUCCGCAAGCCCCCCUACUCGGUGGACGGCAUCCCAGCCCUGAUCCACUGGAAGGGCGUGGAGAGACUCGAUGGGGAUCAGUUGCUGAAGAAGAGUCUUCUGGAGCUUUUCUUCGAGGAGACCGAUUCGCGCAAGAGCAAUGCUGUCACUCAAUAAAAUGCGAUAUGCGAUUUGAGUCUAAACUCGAAA